ACGGGGCCGUCUGACGGGGGCCAGGUGGAGAGGGAUGGAGCAUGCCGGUGAGCUCAAACCAACGCCUGUCGUCUACGGAGAGCUGCUGAACACCACCAACUACACCCAUGGCAACCUCACGUCGAACGAGGAGGAGAAGGACGCCAACCUGGCUCUCCAGUCGGGUCUGGCCGUGACCUUAACCCUCAUAACUUUGGCCACGACGCUUUCCAACGCGUUCGUCAUCGCCACCAUUUACAAAUCCCGGAAGCUGCACACCCCGGCCAACUUUCUGAUCGCCUCGCUGGCCCUCACGGACCUGCUGGUGUCCAUCUUGGUGAUGCCCAUCAGCGCGCUGUACACCGUCAGCCAAACGUGGACUUUGGGGCAGGUGAUGUGCGACAUCUGGCUGUCCUCGGACAUCACCUGCUGCACCGCGUCCAUCCUCCACCUGUGCGUAAUCGCGCUGGACCGCUACUGGGCCAUCACGGACGCGGUGGAGUACUGCAAUAAGCGCACGAUGGGGCGCGCCGCGGGCAUGAUCGCCACCGCCUGGGUGAUCGCCAUCUCCAUCUCCCUGCCGCCGUUCUUCUGGCGCCAGGUGAGGGCGGAGGAGGUGACGAGCUGCAACGUCAACACCGACCACAUCUUCUACACCAUCUACUCCACCUUCGGCGCGUUCUACAUCCCCACGCUGCUGCUCAUCGCCCUGUACGGGCGGAUUUACGUGGAGGCCCGGAAGCGCAUCCUGAAGCAGGCGCGCAAAAAGCCGGGCAAGCGGCUCACCUCGGCGCACCUGAUCACCGACUCGCCCGGCUCCGUGGCGUCCAGCACCUCGCUGCACUACGGGACGAACGGCGCCUCCUCCUGCGACGCCACCUCCUGCGCCAACGCGCACCAGGUCAAAGUCACCGUGUCCGACGCCCUGCUGGAGAAGAAGCGCAUCUCCGCCGCCAGAGAGAGGAGGGCUACCAAAACUUUGGGAAUAAUCCUGGGAGCCUACAUCAUCUGCUGGCUGCCGUUUUUCAUCUACACCCUCCUGGUGCCAGCGUGCGAGUCCUGCCUCCACCCGGAGCUCUUUGACAUUUUCACCUGGCUGGGUUACCUCAACUCCUUAAUCAACCCCAUCAUCUACACCAUGUCCAACGAGGACUUCAAGCAGGCUUUCCACAAACUAAUACAGUUCAGAUGCUUCAGAGCAUGAGCGACGACCACCAGCCAUAACACCCCCAACCCCCCCCCCCCCCCCCCACCCCAUCCUCUGUUGCAGGGGAGGACUGUUGUGGUGUGGGAGCUGCAGACUGGUUUGCAGGUGAUAGAAGGCCCAUUACCCCCCUUCCUGCAGGCGCUGCACUGGACCGCAGCCUGCAGCUCACUUUGCCAUAAGAGUUUGACAGUCAACGUCAGUUGGCUUGUAAGUACAAGCAGCUUAGGACUAAGCUACCACGAGCCCAAAGGGCAGAAAAAGCUCAGACGCCUAUUUGUGUUUCAUUUUCCUGACUCAAUAACGGGAAAUACUGGUGCCUACAACAAACUUCUAGUCUGGUUCCUGGCCUCCAGAUGGAGAGAGGAGCACGGUCUUAGUUCGAGACAAACAAACAAAAAGACAAAGAUUUGGUCUCUUCUCGUAGGCCAGAGUGUGUUUCAUGGUUUCCUUGCUGCUGUGACGGGUGUUUUAACAACGUACGAGUCUGUAUGCAUUGCUGUGGUUUCACUUUACUUUGCUGACGAGUCUGGAUGCUGUAAAUAGUGCAAAGUGACCUCUGUGGUAAAAAGGGACUCUUACUCUUGUAAAAGACGCAUUUUUAGAUGUUGUUAUUAGCCUCGAUGUUCCAUUUCAUGCCAGGCUAAACAAACACGGCGCCGAACCCAGUCACACAGAAAAAAGAUGAACUAAAACCUAGAAAAAAUGUGGAGUAUGAUUUUUUUUUAAAUGCCAUAAAAUGUUAUUCUGAUCCGAAUCAGCCGGCUCCUCCCACCGGGCCGCCGCCACCAGCUGAAUGUCAAACUUCAGCUGCUGCUGAUCGCUUAAAGGAAAACGUUUAAAGAAGAAAGUGAAAAACGAAUCUCUGGUUGCAUGUCUGAAAAAAGAGAAAAGGGAGCAGGUGGAGUCCAUGCUGGGUGUCCUCAUGGACAGCAUGGUUCUGUUCUGGCUUCAUUUCUGUACAUUUGGGGCUUUUAACAAGGUGAAAAACAAACCGAAAAUAAAUAUAUACAAAUAUA